AAGAAACAAACUUUCCCGUUCAUCGAACUUCAAAAUUGUGCGCUCUCCACCGGCCUCAGCUCUCACUGAUGUGAUACUCGCACACUCACUGUUUGUGGGAAGAUUCGUGUCACAGUCAGAGUCACAAAUCCCUAUCUAUCGCUGGUGUGCGCCAUGAACGUUCUGAACGUGGCGGAGAAGCCCUCGGUGGCGAAGUCGGUGUCCACCAUCCUCUCGAGGAACCAAGGCAUGCGAAUGAGGGAGGGACGUUCCCGCUACAACAAGAUUUUCGAGUUCAACUACACCAUUCGCGGCCAGCCCUGCCACAUGCUCUUCACCUCCGUCACCGGCCACCUCAUGGAGCUCGAGUUCGACGGCCGCUACCGCAAAUGGCACUCUUGCGACCCAGCCGAUCUCUUCCGCGCGCCUGUCCAGAAAUCCGUACCGGAGGACAAGAAGGAUAUCAAGAGGACGCUGGAAGAGGAAGCGAGGAGGUGCCAGUGGCUUGUUCUCUGGCUCGAUUGCGACAGAGAGGGUGAGAACAUUGCAUUUGAGGUGGUUGAGGUCUGUACUGCAGUGAAUCGUCACCUUAAUUUAAAGCGCGCUCGGUUCUCUGCGUUGAUUGACAGGGAAAUUCAUCAGGCUGUGCAGAAUCUCGUGGAGCCGAACAAGUGGUUUGCUGAUGCUGUGGAUGCUAGGCAGGAAAUAGAUCUUCGCAUCGGUGCUUCUUUUACGAGAUUUCAGACCAUGUUACUGAAAGAUGCUUUUAUCAUUGACACUGCCACAGAUGACAGAAAUCUUGUCUUAAGUUAUGGUCCUUGCCAGUUCCCUACACUUGGGUUUGUUGUGGAAAGAUAUUGGGAGAUACAAGCGCACGAGCCAGAGGAGUUUUGGUUAAUUAAUUGUUCUCAUAAAUCAGAUGAAGGCAUUGCUAAUUUCAGCUGGAUGCGUGGUCAUUUGUUUGAUUACACUUGUGCAGUUAUAGUAUACGAGAUGUGCAUGGAGGAACCAACAGCAACUGUCACAAAUGUAAAACAACAGGAGAAGCUAAAGUAUCCUCCACAUCCUCUGAAUACCAUUGAGCUUGAGAAACGUGCUUCACGGUACUUCCGAAUGAGUUCUGAGCACACAAUGAAGGUUGCAGAAGAACUUUACCAAGCUGGUUUCAUCAGUUAUCCUCGUACAGAAACUGAUAUUUUUUCUUCAAGGACUGACUUGCACACAAUUGUGCAAGAGCAACAAGGGCAUCCUGAAUGGGGAGUAUAUGCACAGCGGUUGUUGGACCCUGGUUCAGGACUUUGGAGAAAUCCUAGAGGUGGUGGACAUGAUGAUAAGGCUCAUCCACCCAUUCACCCUACAAAAUUUUCUACCGGAGAAUCUGGAUGGAGCCAAGACCACCGAAAACUGUAUGAGCUGGUGGUUCGCCAUUUUUUGGCAUGUGUCUCAAAGCCUGCUGUAGGAGCUGAAACCACUGUUGAAAUUGAUAUUGCUGGUGAACAAUUUUCUGCAUGUGGGAGGGUGAUUCUAGAGAAAAACUACUUGGAUGUUUAUCGGUAUGAAUCUUGGGGUGGAUCAAUGAUUCCAGCAUAUACUAUUGGUCAACAGUUCAUUCCAACAACAUUAACCCUUGAUUCAGGAGUAACCCGACCACCACCACUUCUGAGUGAAGCUGAUUUGCUGAGUUGUAUGGAUAAGGAGGGUAUUGGUACAGAUGCUACAAUGCAUGAUCACAUCAAGAAGCUGCUUGAUCGGUUUUAUGCAACUAAGGAUGCUAGCACUCGUUUCACACCAACUAGUCUUGGUGAGGCACUUGUUAUGGGAUAUGAUGACAUGGGGUAUAAACUAUGGAAACCAUAUCUUAGAGCAGUUAUGGAACGCGACAUGACAUUAGUCAGCGAAGGAAAUAAAAGCAAAGCUGAGGUUUUGGCAACUAGCUUGCAGCAGAUGGAAGCUUGUUUCCUAGAUGCAAGAUUGAAUAAAGUGAAACUUUUAGAAGCCAUGGCAAUAUUUUUUGAAAGAUCUGGUAGAUCAGGCAAUGAUGGGCUGCAUGCUACUGGAGAAGUUGUUCGACGAUGUGGACUUUGUCAAGAAUCAGACAUGGUGCUAAGGAAAAAUAGAGAUGGCAAUUUUAUGGUUGGAUGUUUGGGUUACCCUCAGUGUAGGAAUGCUGUUUGGCUCCCUGGAUCAGUAUCAGAAGCAGUUGUGACCACCAAUACUUGCAACAAUUGUACUCCUGGUCCUGUUUACUUGAUUCAAUUCAAGUUUAGGCAGCUGGAAAUACCACCAAACUACAGUGCCAACCAUUUGGGUUGCAUUGGUGGCUGUGACGAGAUUCUUGCACAGCUGACAGAAAUAUGUGGAAGGGGCCCUCGCAUGCCAGCAAGAACUCGAGGACCAGCAGCACCAACUAGCAAUUUCCAUCAUACUAACCCAAGGCAAGGAGUUUGUGCAAACUGUCAAGAAACAGGCCAUUCUUCUAAUGAUUGUCCUUUACGUUCCAGGAAUGUCCGACAUCAUGGAAUGAGUGAACAUAAUGGGGAAGCUUCUGUUUCAUGCAGUUCAUGCGGAACGCCAUGUGUUUUGCGAACUGCAAAUACUGCAAAUAACAGGGGAAGGAAGUUCUACUCAUGUCAAGAGUGCAACUUUUUUGUAUGGGAGGAUAGCCUCAAUGAUGGCACUGGAGGCAGAAGUGUUACAAGUGGUAGAGGUUCAAAUAGUAUUCCAGCAUCCAAUCCUAGGGGAAAUGGUGGACGUGGAUCUCGUGGUAGAGGUGGCCGGAGUGGAUCUCAUACUGCUAACACGACAUUUGUGUCUGCUACUGGGGAUCCUAUUUCUGGUAGAAGGUGCUUUGUGUGUGGUGAUCCAUCUCACAUUGCUAAUGUCUGUCCGAAUCGUGGUGUCUGAUCUCUUCUCAUUGAUUCAUCUCAGAUCCGUUGUAUAGAAGGAAAACCAGAAAAUUUGGCCACACCGUCUGUUUGUCGAGCACAUGGUGGAUAGGCUGUCACGAAACAGUUCAUUUGCUAAAUCUGUGGGAGCAUGUGCGAGCAAAUAUUGUUUGACUGCACCUGAAGAGGGAGCAUUAAAUCCAUACUUAGUAACGAAGCCAUAUAUUAUGUUUCAAUUUUCUCGGCCAAUUGAGAUUUUUUUUUAUGUAUGCAUUAAUCUAAUCAUAGCAUAUACUUACACGUCAUCUUCUCAACCUAUUGUAAAUUUGAAGAUCAUGUGCGUAUGGGCUUUAACAUUUUGCACAAAGUACAGACACGCCAUUAUUUUGGGCCACAUAACCAUGUUGCUGAUUUUUCACUUAACAAGCAAGCAGGAAUUGUUAAUU